CGGCGGCGGCGGCGGCGGCGGCGGCGGGGCUGUGACCGGCCGGGGGCUGCUGCGGCAUCUUCCCGUCGCCUCCCCGCACCGCGCGGGGCCUCACCGGUGGCGCUGCGGCUCGGAGGGCCGCCAAGCACAGGUUUCCUAAAAGACAGAAAAAUGGAGGAAUCAGUAAACCAAAUGCAACCGCUGAAUGAGAAGCAGAUAACCAAUUCUGAAGAUGGAUAUGUAUGGCAAGUCACUGAUAUGAAUCGACUACACCGGUUCUUAUGUUUUGGUUCUGAAGGUGGAACUUAUUAUAUCAAAGAACAGAAGUUGGGCCUUGAAAAUGCUGAAGCUUUAAUUAGACUGAUUGAAGAUGGAAGAGGAUGUGAAGUGAUCCAGGAAAUAAAGUCAUUUAGUCAAGAAGGCAGAACCGCAAAACAAGAGCCUAUGCUCUUUGCACUUGCCAUUUGCUCUCAGUGUUCUGACAUAAGCACAAAACAAGCAGCAUUUAAAGCUGUUUCUGAAGUUUGUCGCAUUCCUACACAUCUCUUUACUUUUAUCCAGUUUAAGAAAGAUCUGAAGGAAAGCAUGAAAUGUGGCAUGUGGGGUCGUGCCCUCCGGAAGGCUAUAGCAGACUGGUACAAUGAAAAGGGGGGCAUGGCCCUUGCUCUGGCAGUUACAAAGUAUAAACAAAGAAAUGGCUGGUCUCACAAAGAUCUAUUAAGAUUGUCACAUCUUAAACCUUCCAGUGAAGGACUUGCUAUUGUGACCAAAUAUAUUACCAAGGGCUGGAAAGAAGUCCACGAAUUGUAUAAAGAAAAAGCACUUUCUGUGGAGACUGAAAAAUUAUUAAAGUAUCUGGAGGCUGUAGAGAAAGUGAAACGCACAAAAGAUGAACUGGAAGUCAUUCAUCUAAUAGAAGAACAUAGAUUAGUUAGGGAACAUCUUCUAACAAAUCAUUUAAAGUCUAAAGAGGUAUGGAAGGCUUUGUUACAAGAAAUGCCUCUUACUGCAUUACUAAGGAACCUAGGAAAAAUGACUGCUAAUUCAGUUCUUGAACCAGGAAAUUCAGAAGUAUCUUUAGUAUGUGAAAAACUGUGUAAUGAAAAACUGUUAAAAAAGGCUCGUAUACAUCCAUUUCAUGUUUUAAUUGCAUCAGAAACUUAUAAAACAGGUCAUGGGCUUAGAGGAAAACUGAAGUGGCGUCCUGAUGAGGAAAUUUUGAAAGCUUUGGAUGCUGCUUUUUACAAAACAUUUAAGACAGUGGAGCCAACUGGAAAACGUUUUUUGCUGGCUAUUGAUGUCAGUGCUUCUAUGAACCAAAGAGUUUUGGGUAGUGUACUCAAUGCUAGCACAGUUGCUGCAGCAAUGUGCAUGGUUGUUACACGAACAGAAAAAGAUUCUUAUGUAGUUGCUUUUUCAGAUGAAAUGGUACCAUGUCCAGUGACUACAGAUAUGACAUUACAACAAGUUUUAAUGGCUAUGAGUCAGAUCCCAGCAGGUGGAACUGAUUGCUCUCUUCCAAUGAUCUGGGCUCAGAAGACAAACACAGCUGCUGAUGUCUUCAUUGUCUUCACUGAUAAUGAGACCUUUGCUGGAAGUAUCCAUCCUGCUGUUGCUCUGAAGGAGUAUCGAAAGAAAAUGGACAUUCCAGCUAAAUUGAUUGUUUGUGGAAUGACAUCGAAUGGUUUUACCAUUGCAGACCCAGAUGAUAGAGGCAUGUUGGAUAUGUGUGGCUUUGAUACUGGAGCUCUGGAUGUAAUUCGAAAUUUCACAUUAGAUGUGAUUUAACCAUAAGCACCAGCAUGAACUAAGGAGGUCCAUUGUCAUCCGUGAUCUCGCUAAAAAUAUGUAGCUACUUCCCAGCUCAUCUUAAUCCAAUGAAAGAUGAUGAUAGUAUAGUAUAUGCAUAAUGGAAAAUUUACUUUACAAAAAAAAAAAGGAAGGAAAAGUAAGAUGAGCCCAAAGUUCUUUCUGUCUACUAAACUAGCUCUCGGGAAAUAGCGUCAGAAUACACUGUAGCUUCCUCUAAGAGAACUUCUUGUUGAUAGAUACUGUAAAAUAGUCAAACAGUUUUGCUCUGGUGAAUAAUCACAUUUGUACUUAAAAGAAGUGAGAGGCAAAAGUGUAAGUAGUUCCAUAUCAUGUCACUUGUUUGAAAAGUGCUUAAAGUUUUCAUAAAUGUUUGCAUUGGGAAAGGACAGCUUUGAUAAUGUCCAAAUAUUCUAAAAUGCACUGGACCAUGUAACUGUGAUGGAAUAUGAAAUUCAUCUAUAAAUUUUUAUACCAAGGGGUUAAAAAAAAGACAUUUGAUUAAAUUAUGAACAGGUUUUACAAAUUCUUGGAGUUUUCUAAGAUCACAUAAAUAGCAGCUUUCUUACUCAGUGAAAAAGAUACUUUGAAUCUGAUAUUUUAUUUACACAUGUAGGGUUGUUACAUUAACCAGAAAAAUAGUGGAAAACCCCUGAGAAAAGACACUAAAGUUGGUGUCACCUGAGGAAGCCUAUUUGGUUUGCUUUUUGUUUUGGUGCAUUUUAUUGCUGUGAGUGGGGGCAUAACUUCACAAUUUGUGCUGAAAUAAUAGCCACAUGUAGCCACACUUUUUCUUUUUUCAUAGUCUUACCAAAUGAAACCAACAGACUGUUUCAAGCAUUUAGCUCCCCCACACCUAAAUCUGUAUGACAAUUAUCUCACCUGUAACCAGAUUAGCUUUUACCUUACUUUAAAUAUUCUAAUUAUCUUUACCUAUUUUUUUAGUCAAUUGUAAGUGGGUUUUAGAUAUUUCCUGAUUGUAAACAUGUCGAUGACGUAUCUCUGUUCAUUAUUCAUUUGUGACAAAACACUCUUUUUUAAUAGUGUACAAAAGAUAAUAAAGCAAGCUAGGUCUUUCAGGUUUGAAAGGCAACUUUUGAAUAACAUUACCACUAACCAAUCUGUAAGAAAAAUUUUUUUUCUAUUUUAUUUGUGUAUAUUAAACUUCCUUUUCAUUA